AUGAAAGAUUUACAAUAUUUAAAAAUUGAUAAUAAUCCAAUUCGUUUUCCACCAAGAGCUAUUUAUAUAAUGCCAAAAAGUGAUGAAAAAGAAGAAGUUUAUCAAGAUGAAAUGACAAAUAAUAAGCUAUUAAAAAAAUCUUCUUCAGUUGAUAGUAUUAACAAUCUGGAAUAUAAUUUGGAUUCACGUAUAACUAGUGAAAAUUCAAAUUUUUUAAAUACUAUAACCGAGGAUGAACAAGUAACCUCUAAAUUUGAAAAGAAAAGAGCAAGUCCUAAAUUAAGUAUAGAUUUACCUUCACGUCGUGAUAGAAGUUUUAGCAAUGACUUGGAUCUUGCAUUAAUGAGCUCUCGUAGCACUUCUGCUCGAGUACAUUCAAAAAGCUUUUCUCAUACUCAUAAUUCUCCAACAAAUUCUCAUGCAAUUCUGGAGGAGCGUAACAGUGAAUUUUAUUUUCAAAGACUCAAAACUCUUCCUCCGACUGAACAUCUUAGAAUGAGUGAUAUCUCUUUGAGGGAAGCUAGUCGAAAUAUCUUAUACGCGUUAUCUCAAGUCCAUAAAGCUUUACGUCAAUUUGUAAUUUUUACCGGCAAUGAAAAGAUAUUUACUGUUGAUCUUAAUAAGACUAAUCAUUCAAUAGGACAAUUAUGUGCUGCCUUACAAAAAUUUGAUAAUUUUGCUUUGCAAGCAACAGGUGAUGCUGAGCAUUUAGUCAAAUUACUUGGUGCUUGUCAAGAGAAUAUAGCAAAUUUCAAAGUUCUCUUAGAUCUAUUGAAUAAACAUCUUAAAUAUUUAACUCAACCUUCGGAAAAUUUUCGUUAUUCACGAACCCUUCUCUUAAUGUUUCAUGGUGCUACUGUGGAUAUUAAAUUUGCUUGGGAAAAUAUAUCUCCUCUUUUGAAUAAUAAUACUCCUUUUACAGGUUCUUCAACACCUAUGCGAUCAAAAUCAAUGUCACGUUCAAAUAGUAGUAGCAAUCUUAAUAGUGUUCCUCAUUCUUCUGCGUCUGUAAUUAAUGGUUCCUCAAGCGGUGUUAGUACUCCGUCUACUGCUGGAAUGUCUCCAUCUUCUUCUCUUGGUCCAUAUUCUGCUGGUUUGAUAAAUAACUCUUAUACGGACAUUGCAUUACCAAUUUCAAUAUUUGACCAAAUGCUUUCAAAGGUUGAUGCUGCUAUCAAGUCUGUGGAGAAUGUUGGAAAACAUUUAAUCGAUCAAUUAGACACUGCCAUUGGAUCAUCUACAGAUGAAUAUGCUCCCACAUUACCUGUGAAAAUAAAGUUAAAAGAAUUAAGAUCACAUGUUAAAAGUGUAUUGGAUGUAACUAAGCAAUUGAAAAAAUCUCGGUUGGCUGUAAAAUUGACACAAAAAGAAGAUUUGAGUAUACAACUUAAAGAAACUGUGAAAAUGUCUACAUUAGCCAAAGAUAUUUCACAAGAAUGGCAACUUAGUAGUAAAGUUAUGACAGGACUAGGCCUUGUCACUAAAUCUAAUAUCGAAUUGACUGAUAUUCUUCGAGCAAUUGAAGAAUGGCUUGUAAUGCCACCACCUUCACCAUCACCUCCAAAUGAAACACAAAGAUCAAUUAAAAAUACUGUUCUUUUUUCUGAUGGUAUUGAGGAGAAAUAUACUUAUGAGGAGCCCGAGGAACUUCCUAGUUCAAGUCUUGAUGAAUCCACUCAAAGCAAAGAAAAUGAAGUUAGUGAUAGUGGAAAUAAUGCUAUACAAGUAGACGUGACUGUAGAACAUUAG